GUUUUAUCCGCCUGAUUGUAGGCAACCACUCAAUCGUCAAAAAUAUAAAUAGUUCAUGAUCACACUUGAUAAUGAGAAUGUUAUAAUUUAAUGUUAUUGUCUAAAACGUAUUUCCAGCGUCAACAAAAUGUUUAAUUGGUUCUCCAAACCGGAUCCUAAAGAGGAACAGCGACAAGCGGAUCGUCAACUACGGAAGGUGACUAGAGAUAUCGAACGUGAACGUAGACAUUUAGAAGAUGAAGAAAAGAAAUUGGAGCAGGAAAUUCGGCGGCUAGCCCAACAGGGUAACAAUGAAGGUUGUAAGUUACUCGCCAAGCAGUUGGUGCAACUACGCAAACAGAAGGAGAGAACUUAUACGGCAACAAGCCGAAUCCAAGGCAUUGGGCAGCAGAACAAGGCGAUGGGCGCGAAUUUGAAGUUGGCCGAUGCGAUGAAAGUGGCAGGCGACACCAUGUCGGAUAUGAACAAGAUGAUGAAGCCCGAACAGAUAGCAGCUAACUUAGACGUCUUCAAAAAGGAGUCGAUGAAAAUGGAUAUGACUGAUGAAAUGAUCAAUGAUACUUUGGACGACAUGCUUACCGAGUCCGGUGAUGAGGCUGAAAGUGACAACAUCGUGUCUCAAGUUCUUGAUGAAAUCGGUAUUGAGAUCAGCGGAAAGAUGGUGAAUGUUCCUGCAGGUAAGAUAGGAGAGGGUUCCAAGUCCAGUAUAUCCGACGCAGAUCUUGAAGCUCAACUGGCGAAGCUUAAAGGUUAAGAGAUUUUGCCAGAAUUGCUAGCUUAAUCCGUCCCCAAGUGAGGGUUAUAAUAUAUUACGCACGAUUUUUUAAUAGGGGUCAAUAUUUAUUGUAACAUACUGUGUAUAUUUUUUUAUUCUCUUUUGCUUGUUAUUUUUGAAAACAGAAUCUACAGAGUAUGUGUUUUUCA